AUUUCCCUAUAUUUUCGGCCGCAGCCCGAACAAAAGCCCAAUCCAAUAGCCCAAUACCUCACACAAGGGUUUCACGUAUUCUUCCUCUCACUCCAUUCCUACAUUGUUCCUUCGUCGAUUUUCCAAACUUCUCCGUCUCCCUCACUCCUGCCACCCCUCUCUCUCCGUCGUCUCUCUCAUUCCCCGACCACACUCUCUCGCCGGAAUCUCCACCGUCCUUUUACUCAGUCACGGUACACUUAACCUUUACGCAACGCAGCAGUACAUCUUUCUUCAUCCUCAACCAGAAGCGACUCAACAUCAGCAGCAGCAGAAGGCGGCAACGUUACCGGAAGACGACGAAGAAGACUCUCUGGCGAAGGUGUUGGUGACGAAUUAGCCAAAUUUUCUUAACUUAAUAUGGACGAGAAUAAUGAUUCAAGUAACAAUGAUAGAAUCCAACAAGAAGCACCUCAACUGGUUUCUGUGCUUAAAGAAAUGAAAAAUGGGUUGGAUGCUGUUCGGAGCAAAGUCCAAGAUUUAGUUGCCAAGGUGAGGGCGGAUCAGUUUCCAACAACGGAAGGGAUAAGUUAUCUUGAAACAAAACAUUUGCUGCUUCUAAAUUAUUGUCAGUCACUUGUAUACUACUUGCUUUGCAAGGCUAAAGGCUUCUCGAUCGAGGGACAUCCUGUCGUUCGAAGCCUCGUUGAGAUUAGAUUAUUUUUGGAAAAGAUUCGACCAAUUGACAAAAAGCUCCAAUACCAAAUCCAGAAGCUUACAAAGGCUGCUGCAGGUGGAACUGAUAAUGUAGGAUUGGGUGAAAAGGAAGCAGAUCAAUCUCAGAAUACAGAGGAUUUGUUGAGAUAUCGGCCAAACCCUGACAUGCUUGUUGGCAAAGCAGAUGAAAUUUCUCAGGAUGGUGUAUAUAAGCCACCGAAAUUUGCUCCUACAUCCAUGGAAGACGAUAAGAUGUCAAAGGAAGCAAGAAAUGCCUUGAGAAGGGAGAAACACACUCUGCUUCAAGCUAGAGAGAGUACGUAUGUUAGAGAGCUGAUGGAUAGCUUGGAGGGUAAACCUGAAGAGAUUAGAGAAGUUAUUGGAACCGAAAGUGCAGAAAUGAGCAGAUACAAGGCAAAAUGGGAGGAACGUGCACGACGUGAAGAAGAGCUCUUUAUUCGUGCACCUCUUACAAAGGAGGAAAAGAAGAGAGAGAAACACUUAAAGAAGUCAAGAAAUGGGUUGCUUGGUUUGACAGACAGUUUCUAUGAUGAGGUUAAAAGUUUACCCAUGGAGAAUGACGAAACUGGUCCAAUGGAAGGUUUUGAAACUGGUAGCAGUGGAAUGGGAAGACUUAAGAGGCGCAAGAGGAAGCACUGAAGGGAUGGAUUGACUUUUGGUACAAUACUCAACACAAGUUUUUCCUUGUUUCUUUAAAUGCUAUAGUCUAGGAUCUCCUUAUUUGGUCCAAUUGUUGUUUUGUUUAUGACAAUAGCUGGUUAAUUUAAACACUAACUGGCAUCAUUUUUGAGAUAUACUAGUUGCCAUUCCACAUUCCAAAUUAAAGAAGGUAGUAGAAUUUUUGGCUGUU